UCGCGCGUUUCCAGAUCUGUCCCCGAUAAUCGUUUAAGGCCGUUUGCGACGUCUGUGCUGCGUAUUAGACUGAACUGAAAAAAAAAAAAUGGCAUCGUCCUUGUCUCGUCUGCCCCAAGCAAUUCACGGGAUCGGCUCCCGUUCUGCGAAUGUGGUCAUUGUACUCCUAUCGCUGAUAGCUAUGUCUCAGAGUGAAAACAGCAAACUGGGAGUUGUGAACCUCUUUGCACAUGGCAAGGAUUUUUCAUUCUGUCUCAAAUACUACCCGAAGUUCAAGGGGUUGCCACAAGACAGAUCGGAAGCGCAAAGCGACCGACCCAUAGCGAACAUGGCGGCGCAGGACGGCUGCGAGCCGCUGCACGGAGUCAACCUGACCGGCACCGUGGUGCUCGCCAACGACAGCAGCCGCUGCCCACUUGAGACCGUAGCUCGAAACUACGGCAACGCCAACGCCUACGCGCUCAUUGUCGGCCUCUCCGACAACAAGCUCGACGACGCCAUUUAUGAAAGGAAAUCAUCGGAGCACCUCGAUAUAGUAGUUGGAUUUGUAAGCAGGAGGAGUUUUGUAGCUAUGUUGAAACUGAUGAUGCCAAAGGGGCCGCUGACGGGAUUACUGUUCACGAAGGAGUACGAGAUGGACACAAGCCUGAUACUAGUGUGGUUCAUUGCCACUUUCAGCGUAGCGGCUGGCGCUUUUUGGGCAGGAACCGUCAGUCAUCAGAUCUACCGCUACCACGUGCACAGAGCGAGAAAGCUGGCAUCUGCCCCUCCUCGACGAGCACAAAUCGAAGCGCGCAGGCCAAGCCAGCCCGCUGCUGGUGUAGCUGACGCCGGGGCUGAUGCUGGUGGUGCUGGUGGUGCCGGUGCUGGUGGUGGCGCUGCUGGCGCCGUUGGCGGGGCCGCCAGACGCGGUGCCGGUGACGCGGACAAGCGUCUGAGUGAAACCAGCUUCGUAGAAGCGGUCGACAUCGAGCUCACACCCGUCGCCGUCCUCGUCUUCGUGGUGUUCAUGUCCUCCUCGCUCGUCAUCAUCUACCUGCUCAUCAAGUACAUCGUGUACGUCAUUAUAGGAAUGUUCGUGCUGGCAUCGUCCGUCGCCCUCGUUGGCGUGCUCGAACCUCUGGUCUACAGGCUUCCUGUCGGCACUACAAAGCUGCCCACCUACAUGCUACCCUGCUUCUACGUCGAAAUGGAAGUGCGGCAGCUGUGCCUGAUUGUGCUCUCCGUGAGCGUGGCCUUCUCUUUUGUCGUGAUCCGGCACCACCCGAAAUCCUGGCUCCUGCAGGACGCCCUCGGCGUCAUAUUCUGCAUCUACAUGAUCAAGACCCUGCGCAUGCCCAAUCUCAUGGUUAUCGCCGUUUUGUUGGUCUUGCUCUUCUUUUACGACAUAUUCUUCGUCUUUCUCACGCCGUUCAUUCUACCAAAAUCGGACCCGCACAACGAUACCAAUAGCUUCGCGAAGUCAUCAGGGAGAGGCGACAGCAUCAUGGUGGAAGUAGCCCGAGGCGGUGGCACCGAUGAGAUGAUCCCGAUGGUGAUGCGGGUUCCUCGGUUCGGCAACCACGACCUCGCUGCUUGCUUCGGGGAAUGGUCGCUGCUCGGACUCGGCGAUAUCCUUAUUCCCGGGUUCCUGGUUGCCUAUGUGCACAGUUUCGACCUCGUCGCGACUGGGCGCCGCUUGUAUUACACUACGACAGUCAUCGCCUAUAGCGUGGGCCUGGUGGUGACCUUCCUGGCGCUGUACUUCAUGAAGACCGCCCAGCCGGCGCUGCUCUACCUCGUACCUGCAACGCUGAUCCCCGUCGUUCUCAUCGCCCGACAUCGUGGAGAGUUGCGCGAGAUCUGGUACGGACUGAAGCCUGAGACGCCUCAGCCGUCGGAGGAGGAAGACGAGCCUCCUGCGGUCCCGAGGAAAGGCUCCGAGCGCCAGGGCCCGGCUGACGCGAAGGAACAAGGAAAGGCGCAGGAGCGGCGCAAAUCCCGCGAGCCCUCGGAAGUCGGCGAUGCCCCAGAGACCCGUGGCACUGCCAGAAAGCCUCCCUCCGCCGGAUCGGUGGCGGCGACUUCGCCACAGCGGGUCGUGGGCCCCGCGAUUCGUUCUCCCACAGGCGCUGCGUCCGGGGCUGCAGUUCCGCCGCCCGCGUUGUUGGGCACCAUGUUUACAGUGGGACUACGCUAGAUGAAAAAAGAAAAAGUCGCUUCUCGAAAAACGCGUACACUCUCGGCGACUCCGACUCGUGUUUGUCUUUUUAAAAUACCGUACAUGUCGACGUGUACGCUUGGCUGCAAGCUCGUGUUCUGCAUGGUUUAGCAGUGAAUUGCAACUUGAUGGCUAA